UCUGUCUUCCCGUUCACAAGAAGAAGAAAAAAACAAGGACAGAUAUUAAUUAAAAUAUCUAAAUCUUUUGGGGGGGGGAAUUGCUUCCGCGUUAAAAAACAAAACCAAGACAACAAAUCAGUCAGCCUUGUCUGACUGCCGCUGCUGCUGCCGCUGCCCGGCGCGCCCAUCGGCGGCACCAUGUCCUGGAUCCUGGCAUAACGCGAGACGCGCGGAGCAGAAACUUUGGACGCGCGGGGACUUUGACCGCAUCCGCCCGGCGCGGCCGCGCCGACGAGCCGCCGACGAGCCGCCGACGGGACCUCCCCGAUUCUCACCGAUGAGGCAGCCUCCAAAUGACGUCGAGAUGGCAUUAGGAGGAACCCUGCUGCCGUCCAUAUCCACGUUCGCCACCGGCCCCAGUGUCAAGAGCAAAUCCAUAGGAAGUGCCAAUUUAAGAUGGAAGGAGGAGUUGUCCCUUCUUAAGAGACCCAGUGUGCCAACCGGAAGCAACUGCCCCGACCCAGACCAUCCCACUGCCACCAGCACAACAAGUCCUAGCAUGUCCAAGAAAGACACAGAGCCAGACCUGGACUUGGACUACGACUUCAUUCUGUCUAACUCCAUUCUUCAGCUGCAACAACAACAACAACAGCAGCAGCAACAGCAGGAGGAGGAGGCCAUGGCAUGCACCUCUGGCCAGAACUUGUCUCCUUCCCCGGGCUCCUUCUCCUCAUCCUACCCCCUUCCCUCCCCACAGGGCACUGCCAGUGAGCUGCUCUAUACCAUCCCAGAUCUCAGUGACGUUUCGCCCUCUGGAGGCUUUGUGGCGGAGCUCAUGAGACCGGAGUUGGACCCGGCAUACCUUCACCCCACCAGCCUCCACGGCAAGUUCGUGGUCAAGACAACACUAGACAUGGGAGAGUACAGCCAAGGCGUGAGCGUGAGCAAGGCCUGCGUUAGCGCCGUGUCAGACCCAACUCCGUCGCGGGCCUCGCCGUCCUUUGCCUGCCACAGGAUAAAGCAGGAGAACCCCGGCCCCUGCACCAUCUCACAGCCCAUGGACCUACACCUGGCGGGGGUAAACUCCCAGGGCCGAGGGGGCCAGCAGCAACGCCCCAGCCACUUGGAUCUACAUGGGUUCCCUGGCGGCGGGCGGCCCAUGACGGGCGGCAGGUUAUCCUCAUCCUCAUCCCUCUCCCCAGACCAUCCACUGAGCCGGGAGCACCAGGUGUUGGGGCACCCCCACUCUCAGAUCCCUCUACCUCCCCAGGGAUUCCACCAUAGCUCCCCACAGGGCUACACCUCCUACCCUCAGCCAUCCUCCAUGCAGUACCAAGAGCCCCUCAUGAUCUCCAGUGGGGACUGCCUGCCGGAGGAGCCGAAGCCUAAACGCGGAAGGCGCUCCUGGCCGAGGAAGAGAGUCGCCACGCACACGUGUGACUAUGUUGGCUGUGGGAAAACGUACACAAAGAGCUCGCACCUCAAAGCACAUCACCGCACACACACAGGGGAGAAGCCUUACCACUGCGACUGGGAGGGCUGUGGUUGGAAGUUUGCACGUUCGGAUGAGCUCACACGCCACUACAGGAAACACACAGGCCACCGGCCGUUUCAGUGUCAGAAGUGCGACCGGGCCUUCUCGAGGUCGGACCACCUAGCUCUCCAUAUGAAGAGACACUUAUGAGACUCGACUGGCGAACCAGACCGGACGGCGGUGGAUGAAGGCUCCUGAAAAAAAAUGACAACAAAAAAAGCGUCAGCACAACCCCGGACCGACUUGUGCCCUACUCUUUUUGCAACCAUGAAUUUGCCCUCAAGCCGUUGUCAACCAACAAGACAAGCUGUGGUGUUUCACGGCAAAGAGCAUUACUCCGCCAAGCAUUACUCUCUCAAGACUAAUCCCGUCGUCGCGCGUUGUGCAGGUGACUCGACGAGACCUCUCAGCCAGGGUUGUAAACUUCUCCAUAAGGGACCAAACUGGAAUGCGUCUUAUUUAACCGACAAAACUUGGAGGACCAGGUGCCAACAGCUUUUAACUGGAAAUGUAUUUUUGUCAGGGAAGCCGGGAGCAGCAGACAUAUAUCUACAGAGGCCUUCUACCAGCAACAUGCCAUUAUAGGAUCUGUUAAGAACUACACACUGUUCCAAAUACUGUAUUAAUAAAUACGUCUAUAUUUAUAUACACAUUUCACCUGCGACGCCAUCAAUGUCAGGUACAAUGUACAUUUUUACAGAAUGGUGCUCAGCGACUCUGAAGAAGGCUUUCUUUAAAGAAAAGGUACCAAAGAUUAAGGGAAAAUAUACAAACAGGUGAAAACUAUGAAAAAAGUGCCAUAUCGUUGUUUGUGUGUUUCUUGGAAACCUCUUCCACAAUCUGACGUAAAAUCAGGUGAACACUUCACUUUUGAAAUGGUGAUGGCAAUCGUCAAUGCACUGCAAUUGCAAAGUGCAAUAAUUUAUAUGAGACAUUCAUAUUUUUGUAUGGAAUGAGUAACUCUGAACAAAGAUUUUUUUGUUUGUUUUGUUUAUAGCCUAAAUAUGUAAUAUAAUCUUGAAUUUUGUACAUUUGUAAAUAAAAUUGCUUUGUUAUUGUUUUGUAUUUUACAGUAUAAUAAAAUAAAAUGUAUUUGAAAUAAGAAAACCACAGUGGUCUUUAUACCCUGUUACCAGUCUGCACCAUAAUCAGAAAGCAUAGCAAAAAUAAAAUAAAUAAAUCAUGUGAACUCCACUAAAUAAACAAAACUAGAUGCAUAAAUAUGUCAUGCAUGUUAAGUGAAGUGUUCUUGAACAUUGUUGGUUAUGGUAAUUGUAUAUUUCCCAGGUAUUAUAAUGGAAAAGCAAGUUUAAAUGGCACCAAUAGCUCACAGUGAGCUUACACAUAACACCCCCCCCGAUAAUCACGGGAUCGCCACAGGCAAUCUAACACAAUGUUGCCGUUAAAAAAGAUUUUCAGAAAAUACACUCUUUCAAUGUCCCGUUACCAUGGGGUUCUGUUUCCACCUGUCAGGGGGAAGAAUGGGGAGGACAACAGAGUUACUGGCUGACAUUCAAGGGCGACACCAGAUCUGGCUGCUACUAUGUGCCUGAGCUCAGGUGCACAAUAUGAAUAAAAACCUGUUA